AUGGAACACAACAACGACCGCGAGGACAACAAGUCCAAAAGUAAGAAGCCCAACCGCAGACCACGAGAUAAACGAUCCACCUGCCGCCACUUCCUCGAGGGCCGCUGCACCUACGGCAGAGAAAACUGCAACUUCCCCCACAGAGACGGGGAGCUGCGGCCCGAGAUGGUCGCUGCCGCGGCCCAGCAGGAGGAGGAGGUCGCGCUGGCGGAGGCGAGGUACAACGCCAACGCCCACGCCCACGCCCUCUACAGCAGCACCGUCACGUACAAUAGUGGGUUGUACGUCAACGGCCACUACGUCAACCACGGCCAUUACACCAACAACGGCCGCGUCAACAACAGCCACCACCAGCUGCCGCCGCCUCCGCCUCCGCCUCAGUGGAUGGGAUAUCGCAUCGCUAAUCCCAUGCCCAACGCCCUGGGCCGGCCGACGUUCGACGGCACGCAGGAGGAGGCGACGUCGUACUUCGACUCGCCGCUGCCGCCGUACGCUGGGCCCUCGAGCCAUGCUGGACCCUCUCGCCCGCCGCCGGGAUACGGCCCCCCGGAAUACGGUGCUCCGGUACCUUACUACGCGCCCCCGCACCACCACGGCAGACACGGCCACAGCCACGCCGGUCCCUCCUUCCCGCCGCCGAGUCUGCCCUUGCCCUUGCCCGGCCCGCCGCUCGAUCCCAUGGGCAUGAGCUGGCGACCCACCCACCAGCCCAGACCUCUCGGCCCGCCCCCUGGCUUCGGCCCGGGCCCGUCAAACGCCCUCGCGCCCCCUCCGGGCUUCGAACCCGCACUCGGACCGGGGGCUUACCCCCCUUCCCCCUCCCCUGCCCCCCCUAACCCUCACCAUGGGCUUGAGCUGGCGUCUGCCGCCGUCGCCGCCUCGCCUGCGCCUGAAGAGGCCCCCGUCCCCAACACCGCUCCUGCCGCAACGGUUGCAGGCCCGGCUCAAGACCCUAGUACCAUACGAUGCUGGUACGGUCUUGGCUGCAAGAGGCCAGGGUGCCAUUUCCGGCACGAUGGCGGCCGCGACGGGCACGUCGUCAAUGGAGAGGCCAGCGGCAGCGGCAGCGCCAAUGCCAACGGCGACGGCGACGAGGGCUACGAGGGCGACGGCGACGACGUGAGCAUGAGCGAGUCGUCAGGCUCCGUAUACGUCCCGCCCCCGCCCGCGAGCGAACAGUACGCGGCGGCCGCCCCUCAGUCUUCGCCGCGGCAGCUGCCGGAUUCCGUCGCCGGCGAUGCCACCCCUCCCUCCGUUGGCGGGGACGUCACCUCUUCUUCCGCUGCCGGCGAUGACACCCCUCCCUCCGUUGGCGGGGACGUCACCUCUUCUUCCGCUGCCGGCGACGUCACCCCCCCUUCUCCGGAGCAUACCUCGGAGGAACACUCUGCGGAGGAGGGGGAGGGGGAUGCGGAACAGCCUGCCGCGGAAGAGGAGACUCCCGAGGCGGAGCACCCCGAGGAGGAGAAGAAGGAGGAGAAGAAGGAGGAGAAGAAGGAGGAAGAGGAGAAGCAGGUCCCUGCUCCUGCCGAUGCUGCCCAGCAGCCUGCCGCCAGACGUCCUGGGCCCGCGGUCGUUGACGGACGGAGUGCCUGGGGCUUGGGUCUGGUCAAGGCCGACGGUACGCAGGAGGCUGCCUGA